AUGACGAUUUGGAGGAGUGAACUGGGGGAGAGGAACAAGAUUCGGCAUCGUGCUACGACUCUAUUCAUACCGGUCAAUAUCAAGAAGCAUGAGUCCUUCCUUUCACGUAUCAUCUCUCGACCUCACGAUAAUCUUUUUACUCCCUUGGCGCUUUCGGUAGUCCUCAUUGGCAUCGAUACCAUCGGCGCCGGUGCUGUGUACUCCGGCUCAUGCACCAAUCACUCCUGCUGGUCCCAUCACACGUACAUCGAUUCAUGCAAAUGGGGAGGUGACGUGCGCGGUGCGAAGGUUGAGCACCCAAAGACACGAGGGGCCUCAGAGUCAUACACCCGGUGA